CUCAUCGGCAAUAACCACCCAUCUAUCUUCGACACGGACGUGGGCAUCCAGUUCACGCUCACGUUCGUCAAGCUGAUGGCGUGGUACGGCAACGAUUGGAGCUACUCCAAGCGCGUCUGCGACCUCCUUGCGUACGCCGCGGCGGAUAGCUCUGUCGCUCCAAGGGCCCGACGCCAGACCGACCUGGUGCGUACUAGGGCGCAUCACAGCGGGUGA